UUCAAGAAAAGCGGAUACGCGAAAUAGAAACAAGAAAAUGGCUGCUUCAGGACAAGGACUAGUCCCAAUGAAUAAUCAGAUACCAGUUUCAUCUGUUAUGCAUCAUCAAGUUGGUAUGGGUCCCGUUAUGGUGGGUAUGGGACCUGGUAUUGGUGUAGGUGUUGGUCCACCUAUGCCACCAAACCCACAAGUACCUAUGGUUCAGAAUCCUGUACCCCCAGAAACAGAUCCAAUUGCAAAAUUCAAAAUUCUUUUACCAAGACUCAAAGAAUCAUUAGUUAAUCUUUUUAAAACUGGAGGUCAUUUGUUUUAUCAAAAUGCUAGUCAGGAUGAAACAGGCGCCCAGAUGGAUAAUGCUAGUGGAAGGUUUGAAAAAUGUCUGGAAGAAUUUUAUGCGAUUUGUGAUCUAGUAGAAAUAUAUUUGAAAUUGGCUUAUGAAGUAAUUCAACAAGAUAAAGACAGUACUCGGAAUACUCCCAAUUUAAUAUUGCCACAAAAAACAGAUGCUCCUCAGCCUGAGGGUCAACUGUAUUCACAGUAUUUAUCAACUAUCAGAGCUCAGAUCAAUUGUGCUAAAGACAUUAGAGACUUAUUACAUGACUGUUUAAAGAACCUUCCGGAACAUUCUCAUCCUUAAUGAUGAAAUCUAAAUGGCAACUAUAAAUUUGUUUCCACUUAUAACAACAGUUAGCUUCAGCAAGAUGAAAAUGCUGCAAAAGGCAAUGAUGCUUUUGCUUCAAUAAGAUUGCACCUGUUGAAGUUGAUACAUUAUCAGCUAUAAAAAAUGUGCAUUCUUGAAAUAGUUCUAUUCUUCUUCUGAAGAGUAUCAAUGUUAAAAUUUGUGCAGAUGAUCUGACAAAUUAUACAAAAAAUAUAUACUGUGUUAAAGAAUAUAUAAAUAAUGUACAUUUUUUUAAAUAUCAUUUCCAACAUUUAGAUCUUCUUAAAGCUAUUGUGUCUUGUAUGUGAUACAAAAACAUUUUCAGUUUUAACUUAGAAUGUUGAAAGGCAAUAAAAAUGUCUAAAAUGGAAAAAAAUAUAUUUUUGUAUUGUUAAAGCUAUUUUAAUAACUAUUUGGUUUGAUCUUUUUGUUCAAUAAUAAUAAGGCCUUGUCUCUUAAGUCCAAAGAUUAAGUAAUGGUACAGUAUUUCAUAUGAUUAAGCAAGUUCAUUUGCGACCUUCAUAUUUUGUCAUUUAAAGCAUAAAUCUAGAAAUAAAUCAAAGUAUGUUAUUA